ACAACAUCGGCCGUCCCGUUUUCCAGACCAAAUGCUCGGUCGCGUCGAGUUCAUCCACUGCAAGUGCUUCAUCCACCGCGACAUUAAGCCGGACAACUUCCUGAUGGGCAUCGGGCGGCACUGCAACAAGCUGUACAUGAUCGACUUUGGCCUCGCCAAGAAGUACCGCGACCUGCGCACGCGCGCCCACAUCUCGUACCGCGAGGACAAGAACCUGACCGGCACGGCCCGGUACGCGUCCAUAAACGCGCACCUCGGCAUCGAGCAGUCGCGCCGCGACGACAUGGAGUCGCUCGGCUACGUGCUUAUGUACUUUAACAGAGGCUCGCUGCCGUGGCAGGGUCUCAAGGCGAUCACGAAAAAGCAGAAGUACGAGCGCAUCAGUGAAAAGAAGAUGUCCACGCCCGUUGAGGUGCUGUGCAAGGGCUUCCCCGCCGAGUUCGCUAUGUAUCUGAACUACUGCCGCGGCCUGACGUUCGACGAGUCGCCUGAUUACAUGUAUCUCAGACAGCUGUUCCGCAUCCUGUUCCGCACGAUGAACUACCAGUACGACUACACGUUCGACUGGACGAUCCUGCGGCAGCGCAAGCACCAGAUCAACGACGUGGGCGGCGCCGCCGCCGCCGCCGCGCCGCCCGCCGACCGCCGCUCGCCCUCCGUGCAGCGCCGCGCCGCCAACCCGCCGCAGCCGCCGCCCAACAACGAGGUGACCCCGCGAUAA